GCGCUUGGCGGAGUGUGCCUGGCAGCCGGUACAGCGUGGAGAAGGCUGCGGAGGCCAGCUGGGGAGUCGGGACUCCGGUCGCAAAGGAUAGGAUUAUGGAACGGAAAGGGACAGCAAAAGUGGACUUCCUGAAGAAAAUUGAAAAAGAAAUCCAGCGGAAGUGGGAUGAUGCGCGAGUGUUUGAGGUUAACGCAUCUGAUAUUGGGAGCCGGACAAGUAAAGGGAAGUACUUCGUCACCUUUCCAUACCCAUAUAUGAAUGGUCGCCUUCACCUGGGACACACGUUUUCUUUAUCUAAAUGUGAGUUUGCAGUUGGGUAUCAAAGGCUAAAAGGAAAGACUUGCCUGUUCCCAUUUGGCCUGCAUUGUACUGGCAUGCCUAUUAAGGCAUGUGCAGAUAAGCUGAAAAGAGAAAUGGAAUUAUAUGGCUGCCCACCUGAGUUCCCUGAUGAGGAGGAGGAAGAGGAGGAAAUGGCUGCUAGAAGAGAGGAGGAAGUGGUCAUCAGAGACAAGGCAAAAGGCAAAAAGAGUAAAGCUGCUGCCAAGACGGGCUCUUCCAAGUACCAGUGGGGGAUCAUGAAGUCUUUGGGUCUCUGUGAUGAAGAAAUAGUGAAGUUUUCAGAGGCUGAGCAUUGGCUUGAUUACUUCCCACCCCUUGCUCUCCAGGACCUAAAGAGCAUGGGGCUGAAGGUGGAUUGGAGGCGUUCUUUCAUUACCACUGAUGUUAACCCUUAUUACGACUCAUUUGUACAGUGGCAAUUUUUAACACUGAAGGAAAGAAAUAAAAUUAAAUUUGGGAAACGGUAUACAAUUUAUUCUCCAAAAGAUGGACAACCUUGCAUGGAUCAUGACAGACAAACUGGAGAGGGUGUUGGACCUCAAGAAUAUACGUUAAUAAAAAUGAAGGUGGUAGAGCCUUACCCUGCAAAGCUAAGUGGCCUUAAAGGAAAAAAUAUCUUCUUGGUGGCAGCUACUCUCAGACCAGAGACCAUGUUUGGACAGACUAACUGUUGGGUUCGCCCAGAUAUGAAGUACAUUGGCUUUGAGACUGUGACUGGGGAUAUUUUUAUCUGCACCCAAAGAGCUGCCAGGAACAUGUCCUACCAGGGCUUUACAAAAGAUAACGGAGUGGUACCUGUCGUCAAGGAGCUGAUGGGAGAGGAGAUUCUUGGAGCUGCACUCUCUGCCCCUUUAACUUCCUACAAAGUUAUCUAUGCUCUUCCUAUGCUCACAAUUAAGGAAGAUAAAGGCACUGGAGUGGUCACAAGUGUCCCAUCUGAUGCUCCUGAUGACAUUGCAGCCCUGAGAGAUUUGAAGAAAAAACAGGCACUAAGAGUGAAGUAUGGAAUUAAAGAUGAAAUGGUCCUGCCUUUUGAACCGGUGCCCAUCAUCGAAAUCCCAGGCUAUGGCAACCUUUCUGCUCCAUUGGUCUGUGACGAGUUGAAAAUCCAGAGCCAGAAUGACAAAGAGAAACUUACAGAGGCUAAGGAGAGAGUGUACCUGAAAGGAUUUUAUGAGGGAAUAAUGUUGGUGGAUGAGUACAAGGGGCAAAAAGUCCAGGAUGUCAAGAAGCUUAUACAGAAGAAGAUGGUGGGCAAUGGUGAAGCAAUGAUUUAUAUGGAACCUGAGAAACAAGUUAUAUCAAGGUCCAUGGAUGAGUGCGUGGUGGCUCUUUGUGACCAGUGGUACCUAGAUUAUGGCGAAGUAAACUGGAAGAAGCAGGCAUCUGACUGCUUGACGGAUCUAGAGACGUUUUGUGAAGAGACCAGAAGGAAUUUUGAAGCUACACUGGGCUGGCUGCAGGAGCAUGCCUGCUCAAGAACAUAUGGCUUAGGUACUCGUUUGCCUUGGGAUGAGCAGUGGCUGAUAGAAUCUCUCUCCGAUUCCACUAUCUACAUGGCCUUCUACACAGUCGCUCAUCUGCUGCAAGGAGAUAAUCUGCGUGGACAAGGAGAUUCUCCACUUGGCAUCAGGGCGCAUCAGAUGUCCAAAGAAGUCUGGGAUUACAUAUUCUUCAGGACUGCUCCAUUUCCCAAGACACAGAUUCCAAAGCAAAAGUUAGACAAACUCAAGGAGGAGUUUGAAUUUUGGUAUCCUGUGGAUCUAAGAGUCUCUGGCAAGGAUCUUGUCCCAAACCAUCUAUCAUAUUAUCUCUACAACCACGUAGCCAUGUGGCCAGAUCAAAGAGACAAAUGGCCUGUAGCUGUGAGAGCAAAUGGACAUCUCCUCCUGAAUUCUGAGAAGAUGUCUAAGUCUACAGGCAACUUCCUCACCCUGAGCCAAGCUGUUGACAAGUUUUCUGCAGAUGGCAUGCGUCUGGCACUGGCUGAUGCUGGCGAUACAGUUGAGGAUGCCAACUUCGUGGAAGCCAUGGCAGAUGCUGGUAUUCUCCGUCUCUACACCUGGGUGGAGUGGGUGAAGGAAAUGAUUGCAAAUAGGGACAGUUUAAGAAGUGGGCCUCCCAGCACCUUCAAUGACAGAGUUUUUGCCAGCGAAAUGAAUGCAGGCAUAACAAAGACAGAUCAAAAUUAUGAGAAGAUGAUGUUCAAGGAAGCUCUGAAAACAGGCUUCUUUGAAUUUCAGGCGGCAAAAGAUAAGUACCGAGAACUAGCCGUAGAAGGAAUGCACAGGGACUUGGUCUUCCAGUUUAUUGAAGCUCAGACCCUGCUGCUGGCUCCAGUCUGCCCUCAUCUCUGCGAACAUGUGUGGACACUGUUGGGAAAGCCUGACUCCAUCAUGAAAGCUUCAUGGCCAGUAGCAGGCCCAGUGGAUGAAGUAUUGAUCCGAUCUUCUCAAUACCUCAUGGAAACAGCCCAUGAUCUCCGACUGCGUCUCAAGAACUACAUGGCACCCCCGAAAGGAAAGAAGGGUAGUAAGGAGCUGCCCCAGAAGCCAUCCCAUUGCACCAUCUACGUGGCAAAGAACUACCCACUUUGGCAAUAUACCACCCUAUCAGUUUUGCGCAAGCACUACCAGAUCAAUGGAGGACAGUUGCCAGAUAACAAAGUAAUUGCUGGUGAAUUGAACACCUUGCCGGAGCUGAAGAAAUUUAUGAAGAGGGUUAUGCCUUUUGUUGCCUUGAUUAAGGAAAAUCUGGAAAAGAAGGGUCCACGUGUUCUUGAUCUGGAGCUGGAAUUUGAUGAACGGGCCGUGCUCCUGGAGAAUAUAGUCUAUUUGACAAAUUCCCUGGAGCUGGAUCAUAUCGAAGUGAAAUUUGCUUCCGAAGCAGACGAUAAAAUAAAAGAAGAUUGCUGUCCUGGAAAACCUUUUUCUGUGUUCAGAAUGGAACCCAGCAUAUCUCUAUUUUUGGUGAACCCCCAACCAUCUAAUGGCCACUUCUCUACAAAAAUCGAGGUCAGGCAAGGAGAUGGUAGAGAUGCAAUAAUCAGGCGUUUAAUGAAGGUGGACAGAGGAAUCAAAGAGCUCUCUAAAGUAAAACUAAUGCGAUUUGAUGAUCCUGUGCUGGGCCCCCGUCGUGUUCCUGUGCUUGGAAAAGAAGAUGCAGAGAAAACGCCCAUUUUAGAGCAAGCUGUCUUCCACCUUGACCUGGCUGAGAAACGGGUUCGCAUAACCGAGAACGGGCUGACAGCAGAUAUCGGCGACACAAUUGUCUAUCUAAUUCAUUAAUUUGUGGACUACACCAGCUUGAUCCAGGGUUAAUAUGAUAUUUUAAAACUCCAGAAUGGCUUUGAAAACAUCUGUAAUGGACCAAGAUAACUGUCAUUUCUUAAAAGAAAUGUGUUGCACGUCCCCAAAAUCUUUUAAACAUGGGUAUAAUGAACAUUUUCUUCCUUCCCCUUGGCUCUUCUUGAAAAAAAUAAUUUCCCCAAAUGCUGAGACAGCAAAUUCACCUUUUUCAAGAGCUUCUUAGCUUUUUGGUAUUAGACAAAGCUUUACGUGGUAUUAUUCUUGUCAGCUAGAUACUGAUUUCUGUACAUAGAAGGUGAUCAGCUCUCUCAUGGAUAGAUUGAUAAAAAUAAUAGAAAGCGGAAAAAUUGCAUUUACUUACACUGUCUGACUCUUUCAAAGAUUGUGGUCAGGCUUUAAGCAUAAUGCAAUGGAUUUUUAUAUGGACCUGUAGCUCAGAAGGAAUUGCGUAGUGAGGACCCCUCAAUGAAAGCAUACAUGGAAGUUUCCUCAUUGAAUAUAAAAUAUAAUAGGCAAGCAUUGAUACUAACAAUUGAGAUGUACCUCAAGCACAGUGCUGUUAGUUGAGGCCUUCCACUUUUCUCUGUUCUUAAAAUUGUUUGUAGAACUGUUUUUAAGUGGCGAGAUGAAGUGUCCUUUUCCUAAACAGUUUCAGUUUGAACUAUCCUGGCUUUUGGUAUUCCAGGACUACCGAAUUGUUUUUUAAAAAUGAGCUGUUCUAACAUAAGGCACCAACAGUACUAUAAAGUAUGUUCAGCUCAUCUAGAGAGAAGUGUCUAUAUUUGGCUUGAGGAUCAACACACACUGCUUCAGAAAUCUUACACAUACAAAAUUUGCCUAUGCAGAUUUAUAUUUAAAUAAAGGUCACUGGUGGCAGGCAGAACUGGGAUAAUUUGUUCUGUACAAUCAGUCUUUGACUGAGUUUCACAACUUCUGAUACUGCACUUCGCUUAGCAUGUUACCAAGGGAAGAUCAAAUUUAUAGUGGGGGUGAAAAUAAAGGGAAUAGUGUAUUAGUCUAAGGGCAGGUCUUCACUAGUGUGAUCGAUCUAUCAGGGAUUGAUUUAUCACAUCUAGUGUAGACGCAAUAAAUUGAUCCCCGAUCGCUGUGCCGUCGACUCCGGAACUCCACCACUGCCGAGAGGCGGAAGCAGAGUCAACAGGGGAACGGUGGCAGUCGACCCCGCACUGUGAGGACAUGAGGUAAGUCGAUCUAAGAUACGUCGACUUCAGCUAUGCUAUUCUCGUAGCUGAAGUUGUGUAUCUUAGAUCAAUUUCCCCCCCCCCCCCCCCCGUGUAGACCAAGGCUAAGAAUUCUCAUUAUGAUUGUAAAUAUUGCCAUGUCGUUUUCCUCGUCUCCCGUUUCAUUGUCCCAUCUUAUGAUGUGUAUUUUUAAUGUACAUGAUGUGCCCUCUCACCAUGGAGUGUGCAUAUACAAAUGAAAUUAGACCUACAUUAUUUGCCUCUAUAGAGAGAACUAAAGCAAAAUACCAAUAAACCUCCACCAAUAUAAACAAACAUUCCUUUGCCACUAAUCCUUCCACAGCCCCACCAAGAAAUGUUUGAGAAAUAGGCCUUGUCUUGAUCCCUAAAGAUCCACCCUCACACCAGUGGGGGAAAAUAAGUUCCAUAGCCGAGGGCCACCCACUGAGCAUGCCUGGCCCGCAGGGAUUGUUAGCUUGAAGUCAGCUACCACUGCAGAAUUUGAGGAAGAGGCUCUACUUCAGCUACACCCGGCAAAGCCUUGAAUUGAACCCAGGAGCCAAUACCGUUGUUUUAGAACGGGUGCCAUUUGUUCUCUUCAUCUAUCACCAGCUGAUAUAGCAGCAGAGAGUAACUAAUGAUCUCAGCUAUCAUAGAUGAACUCUAUAGCUCCCCUCUUUACAAGUCAGCAGGGGGAGAGAGUCCAACGUGUAAGGUCACUGGCAAAGAUCAUCUAGAACCUCAGUCAGCGAGACUGUCCCAGUCUCUGUUAAUUUUAUCCUGGAAAAUCCCUCAUGGUAUGAAGAUCAGAUGAUUUCCAAGUGGGAGGUAGCCAUGGUCAACUGCUUAGAACUAGAGCUGUGCAAAUCAUUGAGUGUUUUUUGGGGUUCCCUGGCAAUUCUGAAAAAUUUUCAUUUCAGCUUGAUCCAAAAUGAAAAGUUUUCAGUGAAUUGAAAAGUUGAAGAAAACCUUUGUUUUGGGUCAAAAGAAAACUCUUGUUUGAUCCGCAACAAAAUGUUUUAUUUCAACUUCGAGCAUUUUUUUACUUUAAAAAACCCAACCCAUUUUGAAUUGAAAAAUCAAAUUGUUUUUGUUUCAAAGAGGUUUAAACAAGAUGUUCUGAUUCUCCCUCCCCCCACCAGAAUUGUUUAAAGGCUCUUUCGGCCAAAUCAAUUUGGCACAAUCUUCAGGAAUUCACGAAAGGUUGACCCAAAUUUUUCAUUUUUUUGCAACAGAAAAUGGCUGAGAAACUUCACUCGGUUGUACUUGGCACCGUUCUUCUUCACAUGCUCUGUCAUGUCCAGAAGUAUGGGUUUUACCGCUGCUGUGCCACAGGUCUUCAAGAACUCACAUAGAAAAAUCUGAAGUAUUUAAAAAUAAAUAGUAAUCCAAGCCAUUUCUAUUUCCUGUCCAAUAUCCUGGGCAGAGUGGCAGCCACCAUCUUUUUCAAUAACUUAUUAACCAGUGUGGAAAAGGGGGUUGAGGGUGAAAGACACUGGUCCUUCUCUUGCCUUUUUCUCUGUGCUCUGAUUUAUUUCUCUUCAGACAUCCAGGCUGCCUCCUAACGCCUCUUUAACUAGGGCUUGUCAGUAAGAAAAUGAGCUAUUUUAACUGUGCAAUUACAGUGCCUGCUGAAUGCUUGUCAUCACAGCGGUAGGAACCUGCUCUGAAGUGUAUAUCUGUUUGAGAGGGAAUUACAGCAACCAGGGCAGAAGUUAUAAAUAUGCAGUGAGACUCGCAUACCAAACCCCCUCUGUUUGUGUAAGUAUAUAAAACACUGACAAUAAGACUCGGGUUUUUUGGCCAGCCAAGGAAAUAAAUGUUCAGAAGACUCCAUGCUUUUGAUGGAGUUAUACUCAGGAGAAAUAAAUAGUUAGGUGUGUUCAUAAAAGUGGGUAGAAUUGUAGGCACAGGUAUGUAAAUACAUAUGUAUACUGUCCGAAUAAGAUCUCCAGUGACCUCUUCAUCAGCAAAUCUGAGGUCGUCUACAUCAUCCCCAUCCUCCUCAAUCUUCUUUGCUGCUUUUGACACUAUCACUUGUCCUCUUCUUGAAGUGACCUCACUGAGUUUGAGAUCCUCGCCUUUCUACCUGUUUUUUCAACAUGUUUAGUGACUUAAGGCAGUAUAUAUAGCAGAGUGUUGCUGGUAGAGAGAGUAGUACAAAUCAGAGAGUGAGGGAAACGAGAUAAGGAGCCUUAAAAGGCAAAAAGGUUGGGAAUAACAAAUGGUGAGGAAGCCAGGGAAAAUGAAAACAGAUCUGGAUGGUAAGUGAGAUUACAUUGGGCCUGAUGAGGCUGACAUGAAACCCACUUCUGGCACCCUCAGUAGCUCAGGCUAACACUUCUGCUUUUCUUCUGCCUGCCUUCUCUCAGAAGUGCCUCGCUGUGCUAAUCUCCAACAUCACCUAUAACCUAGAGUUAGACAAACGAUGCAGUAAACUUAACUAACUAGGUCUGACUAUUUAGUUACAAUCAAGCAGGAAUAACUUUCAUGCCCUCUACUCAGACUGACAGUGCAUGAUUUCAUCCUCUUUUUGUCAUGCCCUAGCAUCAUGUCAGUCCCUCUGUGAGCUUCCAUUAAUUGCCCCUGUCUCCAUAUGUGAGCAAUGAUCAUUUUUGCCCCUCACCCCUAUUUAUAAUGUCUUGGUCAGCUCAAGGUGUUAAGUCUUGAUUAGCAUUGUGCACUUUGCUGCUUCUGUUAGCUCAAGACUCAGCACCUUGCAUUCUCAAGUUCCAGUCUUUGCUUUAAAUUCAGUAUCCUCAUGAAAUCUUUAAUUCAUGGCCUCCUAAUUUCACACAGGUGUAUAUUGAACAGUGCAAUGGGCUUUUUAUACAUUUCAAAGAAUUCUUCUGAGUCUAUGUAAAGGGCUCUUGAAUAAACAGACCUUGCACAUCACAACCAAUUCGGUGUUUUGUAGGAGUUACCUCUGACCCUGGAUCUUUUUCAAAGGAUCUCCAUACACCCAUUCUCCUCUCCGGUGUCUCUGGGUAAACAUCCCGCUUUAGGAGAACCUUUGUAGGAUGUUAAUGGUUCCUCCUACUCCUCAGGUUUUUCAGGCUCAAUUGUCAAAUAAAAUCACUUCUUUAGACUCAGUAUUAUUUUUUCUUACCUAUUUUUAGCAAAUAGUUUAUAGCAGAUUGUCAGGGCUCUGAAUGUCACAACUUGUUUGACUUUCCUUAAGCAACCCUCACUAACUUUGGGUCUGAUACUGAAAACUGAGUUUUUAACAAACAGAGAAGGAGUGAAAGACGGGUAAGUAUUUCCAGAUGUGCCGCCGUGGUCCCAGUUCAUAACACUGACACCAACUUCAAGCCAGAAUGCUAAAGGUUUAGGUGCUACCCCAGGAAGGGACGAUAUACUAAAGCUGACCCUUCUAUGCUGUUCCAGUAGGUUGUUGUUACAUUACAAGUCUCCUCCUUUGGAAUAAGGCCUAAAACCUUUCCACCAGCUUUGGUGGAUAUCCAAGUGGAAGUAACAAAUAGGUGCUGCUGCAAAUAAGUACAGAUGUUAUUGGCAACAAUCCCCAAAAAGCCCAGCUGAGUUUCAGGCCAAAGUGUAGAAUGGAGAUGAUCAAAAAAAAUUUCUUAAACAGCUGCUUUCCUUGUCUGGAAUCACCCUGGCUGGCUCCAGAAAUUGGAAACCAAGCAAGCAAAUAAAUAAUCCUGAAGUAGUGUGGACUGAAGUAGUUUGGACUGACAACCAGAUAAGCAGGGCAGGCUGGACUUGAUCCAAAAGCUUCUAACAGCAAAGGUUGCUGCUUGACCCUCCUCAUUUAACAGAUUGUGUUAAAGCUUAUUUCAAGAACAAAGAAGAUUUCAGACUGAUGUUGCACAGUGAAAUAAUGUUUUGGUUUGCUUUUUAAAGAAGGCAUCUAGGAGGAAAAUCUUGUACUUUUCAUUGUGAAGCAAUAAACGAAGACAAAUAUGCUUCACAUUUGCUCAAGGUUCCUGCAGUCCAGACAAGCUAGUUUUAAAUGCAUGAGAAGCAACUGAUAAACUAAACUGAUUAUUCUUCCUA